AUGUAUGAAUACAUCCAUACUAAGCAGCGAGGGCCCAGCCAAUGCGUGGAGCCCAGACACCUCCACGAGGAGGCAGUGCUGCGUGAUGACUUCAGACAGAACCCCACAGACGUGGUGGUGGCUGCGGGAGAGCCGGCCAUCUUGGAGUGCGUCCCACCCAGGGGACACCCAGAGCCCACCAUCUUCUGGAAGAAAGACAAAGUGCGCAUCGACGACAAGGAGGACAGGAUCACGAUUCGAGGAGGGAAGCUGAUGAUCUCCAACACCAGGAAGAGCGACGCGGGGAUGUACAUCUGCGUGGGCACCAACAUGGUGGGGGAGAGAGACAGUGAGACGGCCCAGGUCACCGUGUUCGAGCGGCCCACCUUCCUGCGGCGGCCCAUCAACCAGGUGGUCCUGGAGGAGGAGACAGUGGAGUUCAGGUGCCAGGUCCAGGGAGACCCCCAGCCCAAUGUCCGAUGGAGGAAGGAUGACAUCGAUGUCCCUCGGGGGAGGUAUGAGAUCAAAUACGAGAAAGACGACUACGUGCUGCGAGUGAAGAAGGCGUCGGCCGGCGACGAGGGCACCUUCACCUGCGUGGCGGAGAACCGCGUGGGCAAGGGAGAGGCGUCAGCCAGCCUCACCGUCCGAGCGUCGCCCCAGUUUGUGAUUCGUCCGAGGGACCAGAUCGUGGCUCAGGGGCGCACGGCCACCUUCCCCUGUGAGACCAAGGGGAACCCCCAGCCUGCUGUAUUCUGGCAGAGAGAGGGCAGCCAGAACCUGUUGUUCCCCAACCAGCCCCAGCAGCCCAGCAGUCGCUUCUCCGUGUCCCCCGGCGGAGACCUCACCAUCUCGGCCGUGCAGCGGGCCGACGCCGGCUACUACAUCUGCCAGGCCCUGACCGUGGCUGGCAGCAUCCUCGCCAAAGCUCAACUGGAGGUCACAGAUGUGCUCACAGACAGGCCGCCGCCCAUCAUCCGCCAGGGCCCGUCCAACCAGACCCUGGGGGUGGACAGCGUGGCGCUCCUGAAGUGCCAGGCGUCGGGGGAUCCCGUCCCCUCCAUCAGCUGGCUGAAGGACGGGGCCAGUCUGCUGGGCAAGGACCCCCGCAUGACCCUGCAGGAGCUGGGCAGCCUCCAGAUCAGGGGCCUGAGGCUCUCAGACUCUGGCAUCUACACCUGUGUGGCUGCCAGCUCCAGUGGAGAGACGUCCUGGAGUGCUUUCUUAGAGGUCAAAGAAGUGGGAGGGGUCAUGGUCAUGAAGAACAGGGACGAGAACGAGCUUCCGGGCCCUCCCUCCAAACCUCAGGUCACCGACGUCACCAAGAACAGCGUCUCGUUGUCUUGGCAACCUGGGCUUGCGGGGGCGUCGCCCAUCUCCUCUUUCGUCAUCGAAGCCUUCAGCCAGUUGGUGAGCAACAGCUGGCAGACUGUCGCAGACCACGUCAAGACCACCCAGUUCACGGUCAAGGGGCUGCGACCCAACACCAUCUACCUGUUCAUGAUCCGGGCGGUGAACACCCAGGGUCUGAGCGACCCCAGCCCCAUGUCUGAGCCGGUCAGAACGCAAGACAUAAGCCCUCCAGCCCAGGGUGUUGACCACAGACAUGUUCAGAAGGAGCUUGGGGAGGUCAUAGUUCGGUUGCACAACCCUGUUGUCAUGAGUCCUACAACCAUUCAGGUCACCUGGACGGUGGACCGCCAGUCCCAGUUCAUCCAGGGCUACCGGGUUCUGUUCAGGCAGGCGUCGGGACUGUCCUCCCCAGGACCCUGGCAGACCCAGGACGUCAAGGUGCCCUCGGAGCGCAGCGUGGUCCUCUCUGGCCUCAAGAAGGGGAUCGUCUACGAGAUCAAGGUCCGCCCCUACUUCAACGAGUUCCAAGGCAUGGACAGCGAGUCGAGGACGGCCCGUACCACGGAGGAAGCUCCCAGUGCCCCCCCCCAGCAGGUGACGGUCCUGACAGUGGGCAGCCAGAACAGCACCUCCGUCAGCAUCUCCUGGGACCCCCCUCCUCCUGACCACCAGAACGGCAUCGUUCAGGAGUACAAGAUCUGGUGCCUGGGGAACGAGACUCGUUUCCACGUGAACAAGACUGUGGACGCAGCCAUCCGCUCCGUGCUGGUGGGGGGGCUGCAGGCGGGGGUGUUGUACCGGGUGGAGGUGGCCGCCAGCACCAGCGCAGGGGUGGGGGUGAGGAGCGAGCCUCAGACCAUCAUCAUAGGCAAGGACUUCCGAGACGUGAUCAUGAGCGGGAACCGUAACAACAGCAUCACGGAGCAGAUCACAGACGUGGUCAAGCAGCCGGCCUUCAUCGCCGGGAUCGGAGGGGCGUGCUGGGUCAUCCUCAUGGGCUUCAGCAUCUGGCUGUACUGGAGGAGGAAGAAGAGGAAGGGGCUCAGCAACUACGCAGUUCAGUCCUUCACCUUCACCCCUGCAGGUACUGUUCAUUUGUCCCGUCUCCUCAUCCCCAUCCUGUCACAGGCCCCUCCUCUUCCUGCCCACAGGACCCUCCCCUUCCUGCCCACAGCAUUCACCAGUUCUGGUAGACCGUCCUCAGGACACGCCCAAUACAGAACCAAACCAGGCCCCAUAUCUGGACCAGAUACAAGCUGCUCAUUUGGUUACUCUGGUUUUGUUAUUGGCGAUGGCCUGAGCACAGACUCCAGCCUCGGCCCCUCCCCGAGAAACCAGCUUCCAUCCUGUGCUGUUCGACCUGGCCUGCUGAAUGCCAGUGACCCGGCCUACCCCUGGCUGGCUGACUCCUGGCCCGCCACCAGCCUGCCUGUCAACAGCAGCUCAGGCGGGCCCAACGACCUCGCUAACUUUGGCCGUGGAGAUCUCCCCAGUGGCCAGGGGGAUAAGACAGGCACCAUGCUGUCUGAAGGAGCCAUCUACAGCAGUAUUGAUUUCACCACCAAGGCCAGCUACAACAGCCCCAGCCAGGCAUCCCAGGCCACCCCCUACGCCACCACCCAGAUCCUCCACUCCAGCAGCAUCCAGGAGCUGGCUGUGGACCUGCCCGAGGCCCAGUGGAAGACCUCUGUCCAGGCCAAGCAGGAGAUGGCCAACCUGGGCUACUCCUUACCUGACAAGAACUCCUGCAACAACACACUCCUUUUCAUUCCUGACUACCGAUUGGCCGAGGGAAUGUCUAAUAGAAUGCCCCACAACCAAUCACAAGAUUUCAGCACCACCAGCUCUCACAACAGCUCCGAGCGCAGUGGCAGUCUCUCAGGUGGUAAGGGAGGCAAGAAAAAGAAAACCAAGGCUAGCACCAAGCCCACCAAGGCAAACGGCACCAACUGGGCCCACGUGCCCCUGCCCCCUCCGCCCAUCCACCCCCUCCCCGGCACCGACAUGGACCACUACCCCAACGAGCACCACGAAGGUGGAGGGUAUGAGAGCGACGGCUGGGGCCCGCCCAUGCCCAUGCAGACCUACCUCCACCAGGGCCUGGAGGACGAGCUGGAGGAGGAGGACGAGAGAGUCCCCACGCCGCCCAUCCGGGGCGUGGCCUCCUCCCCGGCCGCGGUGUCCUUCGGCCAGCAGUCCACCGCCACCCUCACCCCCUCCCCCCGCGAAGAGAUGCAGCCCAUGCUCCAGGCCCACCUGGAUGAGCUGACCAGAGCGUACCAACUGGACAUGGCCAAACAGACAUGGCACAUGCAGGGGGGCUCCCUCCCUCCCUACCCCCCCCAGGCCCCCGCUCCUCCAGUGGGAUAUGUGUCCAGCACCCUGGUGUCUGACCUGGAGACUGACAUAGCAGACGAGGACGAGGAGGAUGAGGAGGAGGAGGAAGGCUAUGAGAUGUCCAGGCCGCUGCGUGGAAUCGAGCACACACCAGGUUCCAGCAUGGACAACCUGGACAGCUCAGUAACAGGCUCCAUGGUAAACGGCUGGGGCUCAGCGUCUGAGGAGGAGCGUCAGUUCUCCAGCCGCAGGUCCAGCGUGGCCAGCUCCUCGGAUGGCUCCAUCUUCGCCCACACCGGCUUCGCCCAGGCCCUGGUGGCGGCCGCCGACAAGGCGGGCUACCGCUUGGAGGGAACCAGCCUCAGCAAGAGAGGUAAAGGCCUGACCCACAGGCCCCCCCCGGGCAGUCCCCUGUCCACAGAUGGCAGCAUCGUGGGCUCCCACAGCCUGGAUCACCAGAGGGCCCCUCGACCCACACGCCGGCCCCGUGCCCAGAACACGGCGCCCCACAGGAGAGAUCCCAGCGCAGACGACCUACCUCCUCCCCCAGAGCCCCCUCCAAGCCAGGCCCAGGGCCGCAUCCAGGGGGCCCGCAGCGUGGGCAGCAUGGGGCCCCCUACAGACAGGAUGGCCUCGUCCCUGGAGCGCCAGCCCCUGUCAGGGCCCCUCACUGGGCUGGAGGAGGUGAAGAGCAGCAUGGACCGACAGACACGCGCCUCUCUGGAGAGACACCGCCAGGCCCAGGAGAGACUGGGCUCCGUGGAGCGAUCGGAGGACGGACGCAGGGGCCAGAGGACAGGAGAGGAGGUGUGUCUGCCCUACAGUAAGCCCUCCUUCCCCUCCCCGGGGGGCCACGCCUCCUCCGGGACCUCCUCCUCCAGGGGCUCCACGGGGCCCCGCAAGGCCGAGGGCCCACGCCCGCCUCACCAGUGGACCGCCUCGGAACACGCAGACUUCCUGGGGGCCAAUGGCCAGGGCCAGUACGCUGGAGAGUUAUAGUGACCUGCCGGAGAAUGAACCAGACACAGCCUAGUCUGUCUUCAGCAGUAGGGGCCCUGAACUCAGAGUGAAGAGCGGCGUGGAACAUCUGUAAAUGUGAUGUACAGGCAGUCACACUGUACAUCCUACAACGGUUUUGGUCCUCAAGAUAAUAUUCCCCACCUACCUUACCUUUUUUUCGUCAGAAAAAAUACAAGAUAACAACAACAAAAAAAUGUCUAUACGAGAAAAACUACAUUUUCAAAGUAACCGUCCUUGGAAAAAAGGGAAUUUUUGUUUCUUGUAAAUAUCUUCUAUUCAUUGUUGUUGCAUCGCUAUGCAAGCCUAGUUCUGUUAAGCUUUGAUUUCCUUAAACAGGUCCUGUUGGUUUUAUCUGGUGAUUUGUAUUAUAUGUGAAUUGAUAGGCUGUUGUGCCAUAAAAUAAUUGUUUUAUAAUCCAUCAUUUGUUAAUACCUAUCAUUGAUUAAUUAAUUAUUAUCAUUAUUGUUAAUUAUUGUUUUUUUGCACUGCAAUUUUGGUGAUAAGCACAAAAAACAUAACUCCUGCUGACAUGAAGAACCGGACGAAUAUGUGAAACGGAGUUUCUGUACUGUAUAGUAGAAAGAAGAAAAUAUAUACUAAUGUACAGAGAGAUAUUUGAGAAUAAGGCUCUGCCUCUAGACACCAUCAGAUAGGUGGCCACGGCCACGCCCAGACGUAUUGGUGAAGCAGAGCUGAGAGGAGAUUGUGAAUGUGCACAGAUAAGGAAGGAUAAUGACUCUACUCCUCACUGCGAAGGAUUGUGAUCGUGUCUUAUCUGAUUCCUAAACAACAUCUGUUGUCAGAAUACUAGUGGAAGGUACGAAGAUGAGCAUCCAGGCCGGACAGUUCUGGGGAAUUCCCAGGCUGUCCUGCUUUCAGAGCAGAGCCAGUCUGAUACCUAAUCUAACAUAUUUCUACCAGCAUCAAAUGGCAACAUUUAUUAUUUAAUAAAAUAUUUGAUUUGUUUUGACACGUAUAAUUGCAAAAGCAUUAUUCUCAUAGGACUCACCUUAUGCCCCUCAGUAACAGCAGACAUAGUCAACACAGCUGUGUGUGCUCCCGUACAGCAGCACUUAUCAUAUGAGAAUCCUCCAAUCCAGUCCUCCACUGUCACCUUAUUCAGACAGGGGUACUUGCUCAUGACCAUUCCAGCUUGGAGCUCAUAUGGCCUGAUGCUGAUGUCACAGCGGUGCUGGUGUCACAGCAUUGCUGGUGUCACAGCAGUGCUGGUGUCAAAUAGCAUAGACAUAAUUAUGUCUAUGUCAAAUAGUGCUUAUUUCGCUGUAGUGCUGAUGUCACAUUGGUGCUGAUGUCACAAUAGUGCUAGUUGGGCAAGGAAACAGUCACUGGAAGAGAUCCUUUAUUAGUUGCCAUAGUUUUCUUUUCUUUUUUUAUAGCACUUAGUGCCAUUUUCCCCACAUUUACGGUAUCACCCUGGAAGACAACACAAUGUUGUCCUGUGGUCUCCAACCAGUCAGAACAGUCCAAUAUUAACCAGAGUCGUAGAUUGAAGGUGGGGUUAUUAGCACACAGUACUCAGUAGUUACAGGGGAGGGACUGCCCAUGGAGAGUGUCGGCCAAUCACGUUUGAGAGUCCUGAGGGAACUGUUAGACUGGGGACAGGAGUCUCACUGCCUCUGUCUCUACACUGUAGAGCAGAACACUUUUAUCUGCCUGUCUGAAAGUGUAGUACACACACACACUCACACACACCUUUCCCUGCCGUGACAUUCUUUUCAGCCUCGAUGUUUUAAUUUAUGUUCCCAAACAAGGAUCCGUAUCAGUUGUUUUUAAAAGUCUGGUUUUAUUUCUUUUGUAUGCCUUCUAUGGACUUGAAAACGCUGCUUAACCAUAUUUUCAAUAUUACCGUUCAACAACCGUUCCUUCGUCUUCAUUUUGUGCCGUUAACGUUGAUCCAUCCAAGAAACGCGGAACGAAAAAGGCUUUGUCAGAUGAUAUGCUGUUGUAACUGUUGUGUUCCCAUCAUCGGCAUUUCAUAUCAUCACCCUAGUGGCCAGUCUUCUGGAAAUGAGGUGCACGAGUAUCUCAGGUUAUUUUGCAUUCUGGUGGUGUUCAUGUGUGUGUAUAUAUGUGUAUAUAUCCAUAUGCAUCUCCACUCAUUGAUUCCAUUCCAGUUUCAUUGCAAGAUCUCCCCCUCUGUAUGUUGCUGUCCUAACUCAUUUCUUCUUGGCAGUGGGUUAUGAUUCCCUGUAUGACGUGCUGGUCCAUCCACACGAUGUCAGUAACAGAACAUACCAAAUUAAUAUUGAUAUUUCUAAUGUCUAAUGCGUUCUAGUGUCUUUUUAAUACUCAUUGUUUGCUUUUAAACCACGGUGUUGUUGUUUUGUAUUUAUUAAAAUGAUAAUAAAAAAGUAUAUUGUGAAAUAUGCAUAAAGAUUUGUGGAAUAUAAAAUGUCCUUUUUUUAUAUUCUUUAUUUUUUAUUUUUUUUACUUGUAACGUUUGCCGUCUGAGACGAGAAGGACCUGGCGCUCCGGGCUGACGGAGGUGAACCGCCUCGCCGCUCGUUCCCUUCAGAUAGCCGAGUCACUCACCGUCCUGCAUGUUCACCACUCUGCUUCCUCUCGUGUCCAAACGAAAGAAAUGUAACACCAUGGAUGUAACCCUUCCUGACUCGCUCGACAACACGACGCGUGUCGUUUCAAGAAGGAGGAGUGCUGGUUUGGCUUUUUCCUUCUCUUAUGUUCCUUUUCUCAAUAUUGUUGAUUCUUUGUAGCCUAUCUGUGUGUUGCCUUUUUGCUAUAAAAGAGGAUUAAAAAAAAUAAAAAUAUCAAGUUGUUGGGUGAAGUCUUUCUGUACAGUUUGGGGCAGUGAGAAUGCCUCUGUCAUUUCUAUGUUCUCUUUUCGUUCUGUAAACAACCCUGUAUUCACAUGCAUGUCCUUGUCCAAGAAGAAGAAAAAAAGGAGCAAGAGAACACAGUUUUACAAGUCUCAUUCCUCAUGUCCUGUAAGAUAAACUCAAGUUCUUUUCUUUCCUUGUACCUGGAUCACUAUCGACAAAUAAAAUAUUUUUGAAAAACGAAAA